CGGGACACUCCCACCUCGAUGAACUUUUGCGUCUACCCGAGGAUAGCUAAUCUCGAUUACUCUCCUCUACAAGACAUCAUGUCAUAUCCAGAUCAAUUCGACAGAUCCUAUGUCGGCGACGCCUACACAACAUCACCAAAUUACGCCUCGAAUACCUUCUUCGAGCCCGACCCCUUCCUCGACCGACCGCUCACAUUAGUGGAGAUGCAAUCGGGCUACCCCUCCAAACCAGAGGACUUUAGCAAUCCCACCUUACCACCCACUGGCAUCUCCACCGCAAACAACAACCCAGCCUUUCGACAGCCCUCUCACCUCUCCCAAUUCGGACCACCCGAGCAAUACAACUCAGGCUUCUCCCUUAACCCGACCUCUCUAGAGGCAAGUGGGUCCGCAUAUUUCUCCCCUGAGACGCAAACCUCUUCGCGAACACCCUCACUCUGUGGUGACCCACCACUACAAGCACACUCUCCCUCCCUUUCACCUCACCUCCUGAAGCGUGAAAGCCCCUCGUCACCCACCUCCAUCUCGGAAGAAUCCACACCAAAGCGCCCUCAAAGGAAGCGAGGACGGCCUCGUCUUGACCGCAACGCUACUGAAACCCAAUCCCCAGCCUCAUCUUCCUCAGCAGCAAAAUCCCAACGCACAGGCCGUCUACCUCACAACCAGGUCGAGCGCAAGUACCGCGAAGGCCUCAACUCCGAGCUCGAGAGGCUACGGAAAGCGGUGCCCACGCUACCACAGAGUGACGAAGGAGUGGUCAUGGGCCAGCCAAAACCAAGCAAGGCCAUGGUUUUGUCGAGCGCCAUUGAGUACAUCAGGAGGAUUGAGAAAGAACGGGACGACUUGAAGGACGAGAACGACAGGUUAAGAAUGGGACAAUUAGGCCAGGGAGAGCCCAAGGCGUGGAGGACGGGAGAUGGUUCGCUGGAGGAGUUCUUGAUGGAUCCGUGA